AUGUUUUUCGUUAUUGGAUGCGAUUCAGGGGAGGUCUUAGCAAGUCCAUUGAGCGCGUGGCCCAUCAGCCUGACGAACGACUUUCAGUUCUGUCUUCCUGUGGAUCUGCUUGCGUUCUCUGCCCAGUUUGAGGCUUUUUACGCGUCAAGUUUCAAUGGCCGAAACCUCCGCUGGGCGUUGUCCCAUUGCACUGCGGAGGUGCGAAUGUUCUGUGCAGACAAGCCGUACACACUGUUUCUGGCCGCCCUCAGUGCAGCAACGCUGUUGUUGUUUGAUAAAAUGGACGUUGACGAACUCACUACCAGAAAUCUCGCGCUGGCUCUAUUUCCUGAUGUGAGCGGUGCGUUGUCUUCGGCAGAGCGUAUGGAGAUGGUGAGACGAGCUGUUAUGCCUCUUGUGGACGCUGGAAUACUGCUCCUAACGUCUUCUGACAAACAAAUACAAGCCAUUUCACCUGUGGUAAGUCUUAAAACGUCGAACUGA